AUGGCGCAGAAAAGUAGGAUGCUACCCAAGAUAAGAAUGGCAGGAUAUGGUGCUUACACCAGUCUUCAAGGCAAAACAAAGAUGGAGGACACAGAACAAUACUAUCAACAACCAGCUAAGAAAACCAAGGUGGAAUAUAUGGAAACAGGAACUUGGCAACAACCAGAUACAGGUGCUUACACUACUGACUAUAGUUCUUAUUACAGCAUGUAUACUGAUCCCUCUCAACAACAACAACAGCAACAGCAAACUCAGCAGAUUCAAUCUCACCAACUACAACAACAUCAGCAACAAACUCAACCAACAGCUGUUAGUUCAUACAGUCAAGGUAGCUACGACCCAACUCAGUAUUCUUCCUAUGCCUCCUACUCAAGUUACUAUAGUCAACCAACCGAGACUACAGCAGCCCCACCAGCCACUUUUGAGUGCCCUCUAUAUGACAAGACCAGUAGUAGUUACUAUGGUAACGGGCAGCAAGCUAGCUACAGUACAGGUUAUGGCAGUGUCGGUAGUAGCUACAGUCAUACUAAUCAAUCUAGAAGUCAAGGCUAUGGCUAUACUGGUAAUGGCACUGGUAGUGGUUAUCGAACCAAUAGAAGCAGCAAUGAUCGUGGCAGCUCUAACAGAGUGAUCUCCCGGGGAAGAGGUAGUAUAGGAAAUGGACGAGGAACUGCUGGGGACUCUAGGUCUAUGCGUUCUACUGCCAGCAGUGGAAGAGGAAUGAAUAGAGGGUAUACUGAUGAUGAAAUGGAUUAUACUGAUACUAUGGGAAGAUUCUCUGGCUUCAGUAGAAAUUCACGUGGAGGAAGUCUCUCUAGAGGUGGUGGUGGGGCUUUAUCAACCAGUAUGGGAAGAGUUGGUGCUAGUAGAGGGAGAGGUCGAGGUAGAGGAGCUUCUAAUAAUGGUAAUUGGUUUGUUUUCCUUUUCAGAUAUUUUAAUGGCACCAAUACUGCAAAUAACGGAUCUGUAAGAAACAAUAGUAUUCUUCAGACUCCCCCAGUUUCAGAGAAAAUUUGA